AAUCACUGAUAUGUGGAGGCGGGACAAGAUGGCAGGAACUCAAUGUACAGUAGUGAGCGUGGUUAGCUAAUGAAGUAUCAAUCUGCCACGUUUUGUUCAUCUCACAAACAUUCUAUACGCGUUGGUUGAUUGAUUUAAAGCCUUUUCUACCAAUGAUUGUCUUUUAGUCCAACAUAAAUAUAAAGAGAAAGACGUGUGGCGAACGUGAGCUCAAGAUAGCUAUCGUGUCAACUUGCUCAGUCAUUUUUAGUGAGCAUGCUAUAGUCUCGUACACACGGAAGUAUAUGAAAUACAGGGCUUUGAGUUUUACUGCACAGCAGAGAUGAAGAAGUGGAACUGGAGAGAAGGGCAGCGACCACACAGGCGACACGGAGGUGGUCAUCGCCACGGCUGGUACAGAGGCAACCGGCAGAGGUCGACGCAAGACGAACAGUGGUCUGGACAUAAUGAUUCAGGGCCAUACCACAGAGAAACACAGCAUCCCAGAAGAUAUGAAGACCAGUCAUCCUCAUCCUCAAUCCCGUCCGCCUCAUCAUCACCUUCAUCUUCAUCUGCUUCCUCUAGUACAAGCAAUUCUGCACCAGAGCUGCCCGGUUACUACUUUGACCCAGAGAAAAAUCGUUACUUCCGCCUGCUGCCUGGACACAAUAACUGUAACCCACUAACCAGAGAGCAGCUGCAGGAGAAAGAAAGGGAAAAACAGAGGAACAAGAUGCUGGCGGAAGAUGAGAAACCUAGAAAAAAAGCACCAAGAAAAGGACUUAACACUUCUUUGCUGCUGCAGAAAAGACAUCUCGGCUUGUUACCUGAGAACUCCUACUGCAGGCUGGUCCAUGAGGUGAAGGUCAGCGCUAUGAGACGGCACAAACUGGAGAUCCAGAGUUCAGACAACAGCAACCCAAACACAGAUAACUUCAGACUCAUAGUGGGCGACUCAGCUUGUGAGCGAGUGUUCACAGUCAAUGAUGUGUCGCACGGAGGCUGCAAAUAUGGCAUCAUGAACUUCAGCAGCGGCAGCCGAGGGUCUCUGUCGGUGGAAAUGUGUGACAACCUCUACUUUACCAACAGAAAGGUGAAUUCCAUUUGCUGGGCCUCGGUCAACUACCCAGACUCCCAUGUCUUGCUGUGUCUGGUCGGAGCGGCGGACACUCCCGGCUGCGUCAGUUUACUCCCUGCUUCCCUCUUCAGCAACUCCAACCCAGACCAGCCGGGGAUGCUGUGUAGCUUCAAGAUAUCCUCCGCCUGGUCGUGUGCCUGGUGUCUCAACCCCCAAUUUGACAAGACCUUCAGCACAGGACUUUCUCGCAGGGUGAUAGUGAAAGACGCAGAGACCGGCCGGACUCAGACGUACGGCACUGGCAGUGACGUCUUGGCCCAGCAGUUUGCCCUCAGAGUUCCUGUGCUGUUCAACGGCUGCAGAUCAGGAGAGAUCUUCAGCAUUGACCUGCGGCAGCGUGUGCGCAGGGACCAAAGCUCCAAGACCAGCCGCUUCCAUCAAGAGUCGGCCAUUACGUCUGUGCGCGUCCUGGAGGAUGAGAACUACCUGCUGGCUGCUGAUAUGCAAGGCCAGAUUAAGCUGUGGGAUGUUCGAGUGACAAAGCCGGUACAGGAGUACAAGGGACACUACAACGAGCACGCCUACCUUCCCAUCCAUGUCAAUGAGCCUGAAGGGCUUUUGUUGGCAGUUGGUCAGGAUUGCUACACACGAUUAUGGAGCCUUAAAGAUGGACACCUACUGAGGACUAUACCAUCGCCUCACCCAGCUGCAAACGACCUGAUCCCGAGCGUGGUUUUCUCCUCCAAGCUGGGCGGCUGCAGGGGGCUCCCCGGUCUGCUCAUGGCCGUCAAACACGACCUGUACUACUUCCCCUACAACACCGACUACCAGGAAGAAGGAGAGCACCAGGCGGCCAUUUAAGAAAAGACUCUUUUUUUUCUUUUGCCAAAUUUGUGAAUGAGAUCUUAAUGAUGUACUUCAUCUCCUGGAUUGUGAUUGGUAUAUUUCCACAUUGCUGGAAUGAACUUUUGGUUUGGAAGUCUGUUUGAAGUCUCAGGGGAAUUUUACUUUCAAGUGACUUUUUAAUGACAAAAGAAAAUACAGAUGUGAGUGCUGAGAUGAACUAGAGGUAACAGUGCUUUGUGUAACCUUUACAUAAAGUGCUCUUAAUAUGUAACUCCUAUUAUAAUGGAGGAUGUCUGUGAUCUGAUUUUGAAGAAUUCUGCAAAUCACCUUUUUUAAAAACGUCUUGUUGUUUCUGGAAGAAUCAGCACACACGGAAUGAUUUUCUGUAGUUUAUUACAUACUGUAUGAGCAUACAAGAUCAUAAAGGUAUUGAUUGAUUUGUUCCUUGUGAUAUUUAUUGAACAUCUCAGUCUGAGAUGGCCUUGAGCUCCUUGACUGAUGGUAUUUAGGCUUAUUUGUUAUGACAUCAGAACCAAAGUAACUCCUCCAGGUCACAGCCAGAUAUCAUAAUGCCACGGCUCCAUCAUAUGUUGUAUUUGUCAGAUAAAGUAUUGUUGCAGUAAAGGUAACAUCAAACAUUGCUAACAUCCCUAAACAGCCUGAGUUAUUAGCUCCUGUUUUGAGGGGCCAGCCUCAAAGUGACAUUGAAGUCUUUCCUGAACCACGUUUGCUACUGGGAGCCAGCCACUCUAUAAAAGCUUUGUUUCAUUA